AUGCGACGCUCCGCCUGGGUCUUCGUGGCGCCGUGGGUACCACCACCACGUCACGACGUCAAGGUCACCAUGCCGCCGCCGCCGGGGGGCGAGGUUGGCGGCUCCUAUGGCGUGUCCACGGGGUACAGCGACCGCCUCGCACGAACACCGUACUGGAAACGCAUGGCGCUGUCCACUUACGCGCUGCGCAUGAAGGAAAACGAGACUCGCUACCCCAUGAGCCCACACCGCGAGGGCGAGUACGACCUGCGCUACACCGUCACCGCCUAUCCCGAUCACAUCAAGCACCGCCCGCUGCUCGAGAUCGGCGAGGCCCACCAGAUCCCGACCAUAGAGAUUCCUGUUAUCUUCUUGGUGAACCUCUGGGAUGAGGAGCGGCUCACGUGGUUUGGCUGCCAGUAUGAGACCGUGUACGUGAACCGAAACUUUGCGCGCGAAGAGCUACUGCCACAGCGGUACGCCAUCUACGCCACGGAGGAGGCGUACAAGCUGCUAGGGCUGCCGGUGGUGAACCACAGCAUCCAUGAGGAGAUCCCCAAAACCCCGCACGCCUACAAGAAGUUGCUGGAGAAGCAGAGCUACACCGAGGAGCGGUGGAAAUACACAAUCGAGUAUCUGUUUCGAAAGUACGAGGCCGGUCCUCCAGAGCUGCAGGACAAGUCCGAGGAUGGCUGGGACGGCGUCGAGGAGUUAGCGACGUCGGCCACGGCAGGCGGCGCCGGCGACAGCUCGGCGAAGCGCAAGGGACCCGUCAAGCAGCGCAAGGCCCGCAAGAUCAAGCUCUUCUGA